AAAUCAAAAUCAUCGCUUUCACGAUCUGUCUCCGAAGCUUUUCUUCUUCUUCUUCUUCUUCUUCUUCUUCCCCAAAAAUACGAUCUUGCGCCGUAGAGAGAGAGUGUGUGUCUGUGUCAGUGUGCGCGAAGAGACAGAGAUUCUAGAGGGAGAGAGAGAGAGAGGGGGGGUGGGUUGAAGCUAAAGGCUGAAGCUGAAGCUGAAGCUCAGUUCAGUUCAGCAAUGGCGGGUCUGAUGUACCACCUCUUCUCCUCCACGUCCCUCCUCUCCCUCGGCCUCUUCCACCUCGUCUCCUCCGCCCGGUCCCACCUCAAAUCCCCUCAGUCCUACUCCGCCCGCCCUUACCAUCCCUUGCCCUUCAACGACCACCACCACCGCCCCUUCGUCCGCAACCUCCAGCUGUACCUUCUCGUCUUCUUCCUCCUCGUCGCCGCCGCCAUCCACGCUGUCUCCUCCUCCACCUACGACCCCCUCCUCAAGGGCCACUCCGCCGUCCACCGCUUCACCUCCCUCCACUCCUCCGCCGUCCUGCUCCUCUUCCUCCUCCUCCCCCUCUCCAUCCUCCUCUCCGACUCCCUCCCCUCCCUUCUCCCCCCCUUCCCCCCCGAUCUUGCCUUCGCCCUCGCCUCCGCUGCCUUCUACCUCCUGUCCUCCGCCUCCUCCUCCUCCGCCGCUGCCCAGACCUCCGAUCUCGAGGCCAAGUGCGACUCUCUCUCCUCCCUCAUCUCCGCCCUCUCCUCCCUCCUCUGCCUCGCCCUCGCCGUUAACCCCAAGCUCUUCGUCGCCGAUUUGGGCCUCGGCGCCUCCGUCUGUCUCCAGGGCCUCUGGGUACUCCAGACCGGGCUCUCCCUCUACGUCGAGGCCUUCAUCCCUGAAGGCUGCCACCGGUUGCUCGACGUUGCCAAAGGGGUUGAAGGGUCCACCAAGUGCGACCUCGAAGAAUCCAAGCUCAGGGCCACCGCGAUAUUGGAUCUUGUUUUCACCAUCCACGUCAUGUUUGUUGUGAUCAUCGUGCUGGUGAUCUACGCAGCCGUUGCGAAGAGUGUCGGAGUUCGGAGAUUGGGAUCGUAUGAACCUCUGCCCACAAUUGUCGACAGAGACAGGGAGACCAACAGCCACAUUCAGAUGAAGUCUUUGACUGGGACUCAGGCUUGAUGAUUUCUUUCCCUCCCUUCAUGGUUCCCUACUCUUGUUUGUUCGAAUUGUCUUCUGGUAGCUGAUCUUCGAUGAGCUUCAUUUUAAUUUGUUUCAUCUCCGCAAAUUUUUGGUCAGUGUAACUGUGUAGACUUUAGGAAGGAAGGUCUUAUUGUAUACAAAAAGAAAAAAAAAAAAAAAACCUUUUUCAAUCAUGGUAGUUGAAGCAUCUGUUCCGUUCUCUCCUAUGAUGUUGUUGUUACAGUAGCUUGAUCAUGAUUGGAUGACUAUAACAUAGUACCACUUCCCAGUUCGGGCUACUGGCUCUUCAUUGCAAGAGGACAUGAACUUUAGUCCCAGUUAUGGAUUGUGGUCCAAACUCAAUACUAGUGCUGUGGAUUGUGAUCUCUAAUGAAUGCUAUAGUUUCUGCUUGUUCGAAACCUA